AAGUAAAGAAAGCAGAAAGCCUUUCCGAUCCGUCCCUUGUGUUCUGGUGCGGUGUGAUGGUGAUCUGUGCUCGUCUGUAUGCUGAUCGGUGUUCAGAACAAACAUUCGUGGGCACAACCAAAAAAAUGAUAAGGCUUCCAAAAACAAAGCACCACCGCUCCUCGUGCAACCGCACGCCGCCCAUGGAGAUGGAGGCCUCUGCCGCAGCCAAAAUCGACUUGAAUUUUCCGAUCUGCAUAUCCUCCGACGACGAGGAGGACGGCCCCAUCUACAUAUCCUCCGAUGACGAGGAAGUGAUCGAGAUCCAAGACCCAAUAAAUCCCCCCUCGUCUCGGGCCCCGAUCACCACCACCUCUGCUUUGGCUUCUGGAUCCUCUUCUCCCCUCGCCGCCGCAGAUCGGAAGGGAAAGCGCAAGCUAUCAUCGCAAGGAGGUGAACCGUCGACGCCUACAACCAGCAGCUACUGGGACGAAUUCUACUGCGCCAUCUGCAUGGAGAGCGUGCCCGGCGCUCUCAAGUUCAUCGUCUCCCCGUGCCGCCACGCCUUCUGCUUGAGCUGCACCGUGCAGUACAUCGCUGCCAAGGUCGGCGAGAACGUCGUCCAUGUGAGGUGCCCCGACCCCAGCUGCCGGGACGGCGCGGUCGAGCUGGAGGACUGCCGCGGCCUCAUCCCCUCGGACCUGUUCGGGAAGUGGGACCUCGCGUUGUGCGAGUCGGCGGCCGUGCUCGGGGAGAAGAAGGUCUACUGCCCGUUCAGGGACUGCUCGGCGCCGCUCCUCGCCAGCGAGGGUAUGACCGGCGAGGGGAGCAUCGCGGAGGCCGAUUGCCCGCACUGCCGCCGGCUGUUCUGCGCCCGGUGCAUGGUGCCGUGGCACGACGGCGUCGGCUGCGAGGAGUUCCAGGAGCUCGGGGAGCACGAGCGCAGCCGGGAGGACGUGAUGUUGCGGUGGCUCGCCGGCGCCAAGCGGUGGCAGCGGUGCCCCCACUGCAGGAUGUACGUGGAGAGGUCUCAGGGAUGCCCCUUCAUGCGCUGCAGGUGCGGGUGCUGCUUCUGCUACACCUGUGGAUCUCUGAUGUGCAAGCAACUCCAUUACUGCACAAGAUGCAACCGCGGCUGAUGCCUUCUCUGCAGGCUCUCUCACUGAAUGUUUCAUUUUUGCCAAAUCUCUAGACAUGAUCUUAAAAAGGCUCGAACGACUUGUUUCAAGUCAUCGCCAGUUGUGCUAAUUUAUUCCGAUCCUUUUAUCAAAUACUUCAGUAGGUUUAUCUAAAACCAUAAAAUGUAUACCCUUGUCAUGUCUUAGUUUAUCAAAUACUUCCAGUGUAACUCCUAAUAUGUUCACAAGUUCAUGUUAUUCAGAAAGUAGCACCA